AGCGUUACUUGGGGAGAAAGCUGCUCCUCACUCACCCAACCAACCAAACCAAAGGCUGAUUUUAACUUCUUCUCUACACUCUGAGAAGAAAACGACAAAAAAAAAAAGAAACUGCGUAUUUUCCCAAAUCCCAGACUCGAAUCUUCUUGGAUCUUAAUGCCUGCGACUGAGGAGGAGCCGAUAUUCGGCUGGAACAGCAGCGGCGGACGAAAUCUCCGCCGGCGUAAGCUUCUCGUCGGUGAAAAAGUAGAGGUAAGAAGUGUUGAGGAAGGGUUUCUUGGUUCUUGGUACUCAGGUACUGUUAUUUCCUGCAAAAAGCGACGCCUCCGUAGCAUCAGAUACGAUCACAUCCUCUCUGAUGAUGCUACUGAUUAUCUCGUGGAUACGGUUGACGUUUCCGAGGUAGUAGAAGGGUUGAGCUCUUCUUCUUAUGGUUGUUUACGUGGACGUUUGAGACCUGUGCCGCCAAAGCUGGAAGUUGAUCGAUUCAGCCUUGCGUAUGGACUCUGUGUUGAUGUAUACAUCAGUGAUGCUUGGUGGGAAGGUGUGAUCUUUGACCACGAGAGCGGUUCUGGGAGAAGGAGAGUGUUUUUCCCUGAUUUGGGUGAUGAAACCGAUGCUGAUGUUCAAUCUUUUCGUGUUACUCAGGAUUGGGAUGAGGUUAGGGAGACUUGGGAGUGUCGUGGGAGAUGGAUGUUGCUUGCGUUGAUUGAGAAGUAUGAGGAGGAUAACUAUCUCCCGGUUUCGGUUAAGCAGCUUUGGUAUGACAUACGGGUCAGGGUUGAGUUUGCGAGGAUAAGGGAAUGGACUUGCUCCGCUAGGCGUUUAUGGGAAGGUUUGAUGUUGGAGGUGAUUGAGGACAAUCUGAAAAUCACAAUAAGUCAGUUUCUUCACCAAGAGUUGGAGCUAGUCAAAGAAGCUUCUCAAGCGGUUAAUGAGACCGAUGCUUGUCCAAGUGGUGUGGAAGUGAUUGCUCCACAAGAACAACAAUUUUCCUCCAACGACAUAGAUCACAAACGGGCGAGCCACAGAUGCAUUUCCAUGCCUGGGUUAACUUCUGUGACUGGCAUAAGGUCGGAGGUAAGUUACAUCAAUGGGAUAACAGAACUUUCCAGCCAGAAAUCUACUGACGACCAUGACAAGAAACUUGGAACCUGGCAACCUUUUGAUUGUGUUGCUAAAUCAUGCCCACAAGCUGUGUCUAGCUAUAUUAGGGCACCGACACUGAGAGUGGCCUUCCAUGUUAGGAAGCAUCUUAGGUAUAUGGGAUGGACCAUAGAACAAAUUGUGGACGAAGGUGGAAGGCAUAGGUAUCGCUACCUCUCACCAGAUGGAAGGCUAAAUGAGAAGUCCCUUCGUCAAGUAUGUAUCAUAUUGAAACAACGUGACAAGCCCCUGACGCCUCCGGAGGUGGCUCAGCGUCUUUCUCUGCCUUGUGAAAACUGGACGUGUAACACCCAGGAACCGAGGAGCAUUGUUUUGGCUUUGCCUGCUUCUAAUAGAAAUGUCGCUCAUGGUGAUGGAAGGAAGUCGUCUGCUGAGACCUUGCUUGAGUGUGGAAGCCAGGGAAAAGAGGAAGACAUCAACAGAAAAACCGGCAAAUCCUAUCCCGUCCGGACUCGUAAAAGAGCACUCUAUGUAGGGCUGGAGACAAAAACAAAAGCUCAAGGCUUCGUACGGUUGAGAAGUAAGCGUAAAAAGAAACGUAGUCUUAGAUAUAUAUCCAGGGAGAACAAAUUGAUUGUAGGUUCGCGAGAUGUCAAUCUGAGCAGGACAAGGGGGCAAACUUCAAGAAUGCUAACAGAUAUUAAGAAUCGAGUAACUGGUCGCGGUAAAACCCGUGUGUCAAGAUCAAGCAAAAGAGUGCAGCGGGUAAUAACUCCCACCUCCAGAAACCAGAGUCCACGCACUGUUCUUUCCUGGCUCAUAGAAAACAAUGUGAUUCUACCAAGAGAAAAUAUACGAUGCCGUAAUCAAAAGGAUCACACUGUGAGAAAAGAGGGGAAACUAACUCGUGAGGGUAUAAAAUGCAGUUGUUGCCGUAGAAUUUUCUCCAUAAGUGGCUUCGAGGCUCAUGCUAAUGGUGGAUCAUGCAGAGCAGCAGCCAACAUCUUCCUGGACGAUGGAAGAUCUCUCUUGGAUUGCCAAGUGGAAGCCUAUAAAACAAGAAAGAAAGCCCAACCACGUAAUCUUCUGAAGAUAAAAUUGCGUCAAUGGGAGAACGACAUAGUUUGUUCCGUUUGUCAUUAUGGAGGGAAGCUGAUUCUUUGCGAUGGAUGUCCAUCCGCUUUCCAUUCAAGUUGUCUUGGGCUGGAGGAUGUUCCAGAUGGUGACUGGUUCUGCGCAUCAUGUUGUUGUGAUGCCUGUGGACAAUUUGUUGCCAAGAGCAUUAGCAAAUAUGCCAAGGAGGAAAAACUUAUCAGCUGCAAGCAGUGUGAACGUAAAUAUCACCCUAGCUGCUUGCAUUAUGUUGGUGACGGUGCAUUUGAUAAAUUCUUGGCAGAAAAGUGGUUUUGCAGCAGGGACUGUGAAGAGAUAUUUGUAAAUCUCUGUGAGUUUAUUGGGAAACCGAGAGAGGUGGGCGUGGAGAAGAAUUUAACUUGGAGACUGGUGCAGUCCUUGGAAUCAGAUACAUUAGGGACUGACGCUUCUAAAAUUGAAGCCGUGGCAGAAACUCACUGCAAGCUCAGUGUGGCUGUUGACGUGAUGCAUGAACUUUUCGAGCCUGUGAAAAGACGUCAUUCUGGUGGAGAUCUUGCUGAAGAUGUUAUUUUUAGCAGAUGGUCAAAAUAUAAACGUUUGAACUUCAGUGGAUUUUACACGGCACUUCUAGAAAGGAACGACGAACUGGUUACUGUUGCCACUGUCAGAAUUCUGGGGAAAAAGGUUGCAGAAAUGCCUUUCAUUGGUACUAGAUUCCAGCAUCGCCAGCACGGGAUGUGCCGGGUUUUCAUGAAUGAACUCGAAAAGGUGCUCAUUGACUUGGGAGUUGAGAGACUGGUCCUGCCUGCAGUUCCGUGCGUACUGGACACAUGGACAAACUCAUUUGGGUUUUCAAAAGUGACAAUUCCCGAAAAGAAAGACUUUCUGCAGUUUACUUUCUUGGAAUUUGGACGAACAAUAUUGUGCCAAAAGAUAUUGAUCAAGAGCAGUGUGUCACAUCCACUUCCAAGUACAAGUACAGCGUCUCUUGGUGAAACAAACUGUGACAUCAUCAAUAUUGAAGACAAUUCUGCAUCUGAUGAUAGAUCAGAAGUACAUGAGGCGGAACAAAACAUUAGGAUUGAAGACAAUUCUGCAUCUGAUGAUAUAUCAGAAGUUCACCAGGCAGAAAAGCAUCUCGAGGAGUCUAGCUCUACUAAAACCCCCCUGGAGGAAAUAAAAACACAAGAAGAAAGGUUGGUGAAAGAGAACCGAAUCCUAAAGUGUUACACACGAAAAAGGUUAAAAUGUAGGAGGCUAACAUGAAGAAGUAAAUAUGAUAGCUCCAAGGAGAGCACGGUUAGAUACUUUUGUUUCCACAAGUUAUGUUCAGAACCUUUGGGCAGGCAGGCAAGAAAAGGUUGCAAUUUUAAGGUAGGUGUUGGGAAACAACCUUUGUAUCUAAAUAAAAUAAACGGAAAGGAAGGAACAAAUGCUUACCUCUUCUCUGUCACUUGAUUUGUUCUUCCCAUUGUUUCUUUUUGUUGAUGUAUGAAGUUGGAAAGAGGAAGCAUAUAAUAGUAGUAAGCAAAGUAUUAUUUGCC